AACACAAACCCCCAACAUGCCUCCAAAUAUACUCUAAACCAGCUCCUGUCUUUGGACUACCUCGGAACGGAUUUUAAAACCCUUUACCCCACCCACCACAACACCCCUCUCACACAACCUUUCCUAGCUUCGGCUCGUGACGUCAACCUUCAAGAUGGUUUCCCAACUCGAAUUCCAAAACACCAAAACCCAACAACAACAACAACAGCAAAAACAAGUAGAUUCCCAGACUCUUCCUCUCGACUGCUCGGCAUCGCCAAACCAGCCAGCCUCUUGCCUUCCGUCCUCCCUCCUCCCCCGAUUCUCGGUCGAAAACCAGACCUACCGACUUCAAACUCGAACCCAAAAGACAAACACCCGAUCAGACAGGAUCACCAACAACAGCGAACGAAAAGGAUGGACUUUGAACAACUGUUCGACUCUUUCCCGCUCGCCCCUUUUGCUCCCGAGGGAGGAUUAGGGGGUGGAGCGUACCUCCAACCACAAAAGGGACAGGAUGAGAACGUCGUCCGUGAUGAACAGGAACGAAUGGACGGGACGACCAGGAUGACGACGAUGAACAGCGUCAUGACGCUAGAGAACGCCAACGAGAUUGCGGCUGCUGCUUUCGAGCUCGCCGAGAUGAGGAACGAUGGGGAAGGGCAAGGGUUGUUCGGGAUGACCAGUGUUGAUGUUCGAAAUGAUGAUGAUAACAAGAUGAACAAAGAUCAGAUGAUCCUCGGAGGAGAAGGAAAGAUGGAAGACUAUUCAGCCUUCUUCAACUUUGGAAACGCGCAGGAAGAGCCAGACGUCGCUCCCCCGGCUCCGGCCCCGGUCGACGAAUCGUUCGACUUGCGCGCCCUGUUGGGAGACGCCAACGGCGAGUUCAGCCAGGCCGCCCUGGCCUCGGCCGUGACUUCGCUCUACACGUCCUUCUCCACCCCGGCCGUCGUGCCUUGGUCGACCCAGACUCAGCUGUGCUCGGACUUUGAGGACAUCGAGCAGGCUUCUCCGGAUAUGGUCUUGGGGCAGAUGUUCCCAGACCAGACCGGAGUUGCCGGUACCACCAAGCCGGCGAUGUCGGCCCCGACGACCGCUCUUGGUAGGUUCGAUUCUUUCGGAUCCGAACCGGCCUUUGACGAUGUCGACGGGUCGGCCUUGACUGAGCAGGGCAUGUUCAGUCUUCCGCUAUUCGGAGGCAUGCCUUCGGGCGCUGCUGCACAGGCUCAGUCGGAAAAGGCCACCGCGACGACUACCGGAGGCGGAGACGACUUUGGUCCGCUCUCUCCCUCGCACGCCAUGAGGUUGGCAGGGACCGUCUCGCCCCAAGAUGCCACGCUCGACAUGUUCGCCGCGAACUAUGCCGGCGGUCACUACGGCAACCUGUCGGAACCCAUCUCCCAGACGGCUUCCCCUAGGAACCUGUUCCUGCCGACCCCCUCGGCCAUUCCUCCUCACAUGACCAGGAAGACGUCGGACGGGCAGUCGAGCUCGCCCCCCUCGCCGCUCAUCGAGGUAGAGCAGGACUUUUCUCGAGACGCCCAAUCCGGCAAAUCGAGGAAACCCAGCUUGACCGGGUCCAACAACAAGACCAAGAAGAAGCCUUAUGCCGGACCUACGGGGACGAGGAAGUCUAGCCGACCGCUCCUCGACGCCGACGCUCCGACGAUGACCAAGACCUACGCUGCGCCGGGAUCUACGACCCGAAAGCUCAUCCCCGCCGGGUUCCAGAAGAAGCUCAAGCUUCAGUCUGACGUCACGGGGGAUGCCGUCCUGCCCGAGAGCAUGGGCGAGGACGUCCAACAGGGUCUUUUGGACGAGAUCGAGGAGAAGCGAAGGAGGAACUGUGUCGCCGCCAGGGAGAGUAGGAAGCGAAAGGCCGACUAUCAGAACGGGUUGAAGGACGAGUGUCGAGGCUGGAGGUCUUGGGCCGAAGAGGUCCAGGCCAAGCUCAAGGCGAUCGGCUUGGAACACGUUCUCGAGGACGUCGGCGCCAUCAUUCCCGCUCCCAUGGAUCUCGACGAGUGAUCUGGUUGUCCCGCGGGAUAAGGGGUCAUCCGACCAUCUUCAUCUACAUCAUCAACAACAACAAGAAUAUCAACCAGGAUAUCAUCGAUCAACA